AUGUCCAACGAGGCUCCGACGGAUGAUGAGGUCGCGGCCUGGGUCAGGGCGGCCGUCGCCGGCGACUUCCAGCCAGAGCACAUCAAUGGCUUCCCCAUGAGGCCUGAUGUGGGAUCAAUCAAUCUGGCCGUCCCGUGCCCCCAACCUCCCCCUGCGCCAAAGGCGGGCGGCCAGGCUAAGCCCCAGGCGACGGGGCCGUUGACCUGUGGCCGUGCCGCGGCCUCCGGAAAGGGGGAAAUCGGCCGCAGGAGCGCUAGCCCUGGUGCUCGCCAGGUGGGAGAUGCUGAACCAAGGCCUGCGCCCGUUCGUGAGGGGCCUGGAGCCUCGACGCGGGGCGGUUCGAGGCCUGCCAGUCGAGGCACCGGCAAGCGGGCCGUUCUCCCUGUGGGGUUGAAGCGGACGCUCGAGCAGGCCCAGCCCUCGAUGGCUAAAAGGCUUAAAGUGGGAGCAGCCUCCAAAGAUUCAGGCUCCUCCGACCCCCGACCGCCGACCGGUGCUGAGAGCGCCCCGCCCCGUCCCCUGGCGGGUGAGUCUGCCCCAUCGUCGCCAAAGCGGGACGCCCGUCCUAUGGACGAGGAAACCCAGACCUCUCACGUCACGAAGCGGACGCCCUGGCCUGCUGGGCUUCGCUCCGUCGAGGAGCGGAGGAAGAAAGAGGAAGAGGGGCGCGAGCAGGAGACGCGGCAGCAGCCGCAGGAGGAGCAGCGGCUGCAGCAGGAAGAAGGAGAGGAAGGUCAUCUGCCAGUAGGUCCCCAGCUUGAGGAGCUCCUAGAGCAGGAUCGUCAACAGGAGCUGCAGGAGCUCCAGGAGCAGCAGCAGCGGAGGGGCCAGCAGUUGGAGGGACUGCUCGAGCCUCCCUCUCACAGUUCACCCUAA